AUGCUAGGAAAGAUUUAUAUCUCACAACAAGGUGAGUUUACUGAUUAUGAGGGGAAUGUAGUCCAGUUGCGGGGCGUCAACUUGGACCCUAGUGUUAAAUUUCCACAACAGCCUCGUAUACCCACGAAUAUGCCGGUUGAUGAUGAGUUUUGGGAUGGGGCCACAAAUGUCUCCUUUGUCAACGAAAGGUUGGAUCCAAAGGAAAUAGAGGAGCAUAUGAUCAGGCUAAAGGCAUUGGGCUAUAAUUGUAUCCGUUAUUUGUUCACCUGGGAGGCCUUGGAGCAUGGCGGCCCAGGGAUAUACGAUGAGGAAUACAUGAAGUACACGGUGAUGGUGCUUAAAAAGAUCAAGGAGGCGGGCGGCAUGUACGUAUACCUAGACCCCCACCAGGACGUGUGGUCUCGCUUUUCUGGGGGAUCAGGAGCGCCAUUAUGGACGUUGCAUUGCGCAGGCUUUCAGCCGAAGAGGUUCCUAGCUACUGAGGCUGCCAUAUUGCACAACUACUAUAUCGAUUCAGAGACGCAGGCGGAAAAAGCACAGUAUCCAGAAAUGAUUUGGUCCACAAACUAUUACCGCCUAGCCUGCCAGACUAUGUUCACUCUCUUUUUUAGCGGCAAGUUAUUUGCCCCUAAAUGUGUAAUUAAUGGUAGAAAUAUUCAAGACUACCUCCAGGGGCACUUCUUGAAAGCCGUAAUGACGUUCUACAAGUACAUUCAGGACAACGCGCCUGAGUUGUUCGAAGAAAACUGCAUCAUUGGAUUGGAGACGAUGAAUGAGCCAAAUUGUGGAUAUCUCGAUCAUCCAAACUUAAGGGAACUGCCCAGGGACCGGCAGUUAAUGAAAGGAACAACGCCAACAGCAUACCAGAGCUUCAUACUCGGUGAGGGAUUUGCCUGCAACAUUGAUUCCUAUGAUAUCUCGUUGAUCGGUGCGCGGAAAAUAGGAAAAUCAUUUGUUGAUCCCAAGGGGAAAUCUGCCUGGUUGGACGCAACAGAGCGACUGGAGCUAGACCGGGCCUAUGGAUGGACAAGACCUGAUGAUUGGGCGCCAGGGUGCAUAUGGCGCUUGCAUGGCGUGUGGGACAUUGAGUCAAAAAGCAGCAAGCCGGUUCUUCUACUUCCAGGGUACUUCUCUAAAUGUCCCAGCACUGGCGAGGAGACCAGUAUGUCAUAUUUCACCAACAAACUAUUCCUUGACUUUUAUGUUCGCUACCGGAACCAAUACAGAGAGCUGGACCCUGAUAGUUUACUAUUUUUGGAACCUCCUGUGCUUCAGGAGCCGCCCUACCUAAUUGGUUCCGACAUUAUCGACAAACGUACGGUAUACGCCUGCCAUUUCUACGAUGGGAUGUCGCUAAUGUUUAAAUCAUGGAACAGGCGGUAUAAUGUGGACACUUUUGGAUUCAUGCGCGGGAAAUACCUAAGUCCCAUAUUCGGGCUUGUUUUCGGCGAGGCCAACAUUAAGCGGUGCUUCAGGCGGCAGUUGAGGGCCAUGAAGCUUGAGGGAAGGAGAUUUCUAGGCGAUAGUGUGCCCAUCUUCUUCACCGAAAUCGGGAUGCCGUAUGAUAUGGAGGGCAAAAAAGCAUACCGGGACCACGACUAUUCCUCGCAGAUAGGCGCCAAUGAUGCAUUGGGAUUUGCGCUAGAGGGAAGCAACAUGUCAUUCUCGUUGUGGUGCUACACAUACAUCAACAACACUACCUGGGGCGACAAUUGGAACAGGGAGGACUUUUCCAUCUGGAACAAGGAGUAUGCCAUGAAAGUCCCAAGAGACGUGGUUGUCAAAACCGGCGACGCGAUGCCCAACUCGAGCAUCAACACCAUCGUAGGUGCCGAGUCCCACUUGACCUGCGAGUCCAGGCUAUCCGACGACGCGCUCGUGCUCGACUACAGCGGCUUCCGUGCCCUCGAUGCCAUUCUCAGGCCAUAUCCAGUGAAGAUUCACGGUUCGUUCAGUACCGCCGAGUUCGAUCUAGAGCGCAAACGCUACUUCCUAGAGAUUAUUGCUCGCACCGAAACUGAGGGCACCACCUCGAUCUUUCUUCCAUAUUAUCAUUUCCCCCCGGAAUCCACGGUGGUCAGCUCAUCAUCUGGCUACUACGUUCGCGAGCAGGACAACAACCAGCUAUUGAAGUGGUGCCACGGUGGAGGACGUCAGUAUAUAUCCAUCGAAGUUACUGGGAUGGGGAGCUCCUAUUCGGUACAAAGUGCAGACAGUAGCUGUGUGAUAAUGUGA